AUGGAACCCAAAGAGUCAGAGAAUAAGAAGGUCAACAACAAGGAAGGAAAUUAUGGUAAAGAGAAAAGGAAGAGGAAAAGGGUGAGGAGAAUGGGAGAAGGGUAUCAGAGAUAUGUGUAUAGGGUAUUGAAACAAGUGCACCCUGAUAUGGGAAUUUCAUUUAAAGCUAUGACUAUUCUGAAUAAUUUGAUGAAUGACAUGUUUGAGAAGUUGGCUGAUGAAGCUGCAAAGCUGACGACAUACAUAGGACACAUGACAUUAUCUUCAACUUCAAGGGAGAUUCAAGGGGCAGUGAAACUGGUUUUGCCAGGAGAACUUGGGAAACAUGCUAUUGCUGAAGGAGCCAAGGCUGUUACCAACUAUAUAUCAUCCUAUGGUGCCUAAUAUAUAGAGGCACAAGCUUUCAUGUUUCUAUUAUGCCUAACCUUUGUAUAAUUGUAUUGUGUAUAGUAAGUUUAGGUGUGUGUUGCUGAGUGUGCCCCU